GAGAGGGAGAAGGAGGGGCGCAGUGCCGGCGGAACGGUGGCGCUCCGGGAGCCGGGCUCCGCGAUCCUCCUCCUCCACUCUCCGGGAAGUGGGACUCAGUCCAUGAUCGCUCCGGCGGAUCUGCCGCUUCCUUCACCAUGUGCAGCCGCUGAUACCGAAACCAUGGAGCUUUUCCAAGCCAAGGACCAUUACAUCGUGCAGAGCGGCGACAAGGCGCUGUGGUGCAGCCGAAAGGACGGCUCUCUGCAAGUCAGACCCGCUACUGACUUGCUUCUGGCCUGGAACCCUAUUUGCCUUGGUUUGGUGGAGGGAGUCAUUGGGAAGAUUCAGCUACAUACAGAUUUUGCAUGGCAGCUCCUUCUAAUCCGACAAAAAUCCUUGGUUGGAAAGCUUCCUGAGGAUCAUGAUGUUUACAAAAUUACGAAGAUAGCAGUGAUCCCACUGUCUGAAGCAGAGCCUCAGGAUCUGGAAUUGGAGCUGUGCAGGAAGCAUCACUUUGGUAUAAACAAGACUGAGAAGAUUACCCAGUCUCCAGAUGAUUCUAAGUUUUUGCUGAAGACUUUGAGCCAGAUUAAGUGCAAUGUGGCUGCUCCAAUCAAGAAGAAGGCCAAGGAACACAAGGAAAAGGAGCGAUUGGAACGAAGACUGUUGGAGGAAUUAAUCAAGAUGUUUGUGGACUCUGAUUCAUUCUAUUAUAGCCUGACUUAUGACCUUACAAAUUCAGUACAGAGACUGAGCACCUCUGAUAAAGGGGAAUCGUUAUGGAAAAGGGUUGACGAUAGAUUUUUUUGGAAUAAGCACAUGAUUGAUGACGUGAUCAAAUUAGAAGAUCCCAAUGCAGAUUUCUGGAUUGUUCCAAUCAUCCAAGGGUUUGUGCAAAUUGAAGAGCUGGUUGUCAAUUAUAAUGAGUCCUCAGAUGAUGAGAAGAGUAGCCCAGAAAGCCCAUCACAGGAGCAAUGUGUGGAUGACAUCCACCCAAGAUUUUUGGUGGCAAUUAUUUCAAGGAGGAGUCGACACAGAGCAGGUAUGCGUUAUAAACGGCGUGGUGUGGAUGAAAAUGGGAAUGUGGCAAAUUAUGUGGAGACAGAGCAGUUAAUCCAUGUCCACAGCCACACGCUCUCGUUUGUCCUUACCCGGGGAUCAGUACCAGUGUUUUGGAGUCAGAUUGGGUAUCGAUACAAUCCUCGGCCACGGCUGGACAGACCAGAGGAGGAGACCACCAGCAAGUUUGCCGCACACUUUGAGGAGCAGCUGAAAAUUUAUAAGAAGCAGGUUAUUGUCAGCCUGGUAGAUCAGACUGGAAGAGAGAAAAUAAUUGGCGAUGCUUUUCUUCGGCAAGUUUUGCUGUACAAUAAUCCAAGCCUUACCUAUGUGACUUUUGACUUCCAUGAACAUUGUCGAGGAAUGAAGUUUGAAAACGUGCAGACUUUGACCGAUGCUAUCUCUGAUAUCAUCACAGACAUGAAAUGGGGCUGGGUUGACCAGGCAGGAGAGAUUUGUAAACAGGAAGGAAUCUUCAGGGUGAACUGUAUGGAUUGCUUGGAUCGGACAAAUGUGGUUCAAGCUGCAAUUGCUCGAGUGGUCAUGGAACAACAGUUGAAGAAAUUGGGGGUUAUGCCACCCGAACAACCCCUGCCUCAGAAAUGCUAUCGGAUUUAUCAGAUCAUGUGGGCCAAUAAUGGAGACGCCAUUAGCAGGCAGUAUGCUGGGACGGCAGCUUUAAAGGGCGACUUUACAAGAACUGGAGAACGAAAGCUUGCAGGAAUGAUGAAAGAUGGUUAUAAUUCUGCCAAUCGGUAUUAUCUCAAUCGCUUCCGUGAUGCAUAUCGACAAGCUGUCAUAGAUCCAAUGCAGGGCAUCCCAGUGACUGAAGAUCUCUACUCCAUCUUUAACAAAGAAAAAGAGCAUGAAGCUUUGCAUAAACAGAACCAGAGAAGCCAGCAGGAACAGUUCAGUCUCCUCUUGCAGAAUUAUAUGAAAUUGCUAUUACCUGACGAUGAGAAAUUCCAUGGAGGCUGGGCUGUGAUAGAUUGCGAUCCAAGCCUUAUCGAUGCCACCCACCGAGAUGUUGAUGUGCUUCUCCUUCUGUCCAACUGUGCCUACUACGUGGCCUACUAUGACGAAGAGGUUGAUAAAGUGAAUCAGUAUGAAAGAAUGAACUUGGAGGAUUUGGAGAAGAUUGAAAUUGGCCCAGAACCAACUUUCUUUGGUAAACCCAAGUUUACUUGUAUGAGGCUACAUUACAAACACAAUGGAACGAGUGGAUACUUUCAUACACUCAGAGCUGUGACACGAAACCCUGAGGAGGAUGGGAAAGAUACCCUUCAGUGCAUUGCUGAGAUGCUUCAACUUACAAAACAGAACCUGGGAUUAGAUGUGUCAAUUGUAGAGAAGAAGUUAGAAAGGAAGCACAGUAAACCACAUGAAGACAUUCUUGGCAUCAGAUCCAAGAGUCAAGCUUUAAGCAGUACAAGCCUAACUCAAGGCAAGAACUUUCUUAUGAACAAGUUUUCUUCUCUCAAUCAAAAAGUAAAGCAAACAAAAUCGAGCGUGAGCAUUGGAAGCCUUCGCAAACUUGGCAACUUUCCAAAGCCAGAGAUGAAGGUCAAUUUCUUAAGACCAAACCUGCGAGUGAAUCUGUGGAAGUCUGACAGUAGCUUGGGAAGCUCUGAUUCACCAGUAGUUGUUUCUAAAGAUGAUUCUGAUUCUGACAUAGAGAUCUCUUCCAACUCAGAUUCUUUUGAAUCGGAUGGUUUCCUCUCCAAUUCAAAAUCGGAUGAUGAAUGCCAGCUGACAGACUCUGAAGAUGUAGGGCAGUGUGAUUACGUGCUUCCCAGUUGUGGUAUUGUUUCAACAGGACCUCGGUCACGGUUAGGAAGUCGAUCGCAAUCUAUUAGCAGUUCAGAUUUUAGUAUUCCAAGUAAUCCUUCAGAAAUUCACAUAGCUCAGUGUGAUUCUGAACAAAUGAGUAAAGACGUGAUUGUCCAGCUUUCUGGCAAAGCACCAAAUGCAGAUGAGGGUAUCCUGGUGGAUUUCAAUACUCCCACUGAUGUUUAUUGUCACCAGUUUGUAGAAGAUGCACAGCACAAAAAUUCAGAGGAUCCUGUUGGAAACCUUGCUUUCCAUCAGCAACAACCUGAGCAAAGCAAUACCACCUUGGGCACCAAAUCUAAGUCUGAACCAGAGAUAGUGGAACCACUUUUAUCAAGACCCUCCAAGCUGGAUGUACCCUCAGCUACCUCGAAUCUGUCGUUACUUUCAAUGGAGCCUGCUGUGUCGUCUGAUAACAGUUCAACCUGUGUGCUCAAUCCACCUGACGUGGAGACUAGUUUACAAGCAACUCCCUCAGCAGCCGAUGAUCCAGGGAGCAGGGCUGUUUCACCAUUUGCUAAGAUCCGAAGCUCUAUGGUCCAGGUAGCAAGCAUGACCCAGGCAGGACUGCUUCAGGGGGUAAACUUUGCAGUGGGAAAAGUUCAGCGCACUCCUGAUAGUGUAAACGAAGGGCAGCAUCCACAGCUGACAGAUAUGUUUACGCAGUGUCGGACCAGGAUAAUCCAAAUUUAGCUACUGAUGGGUCCUUUCCAACUUUGACUAAAUUUAAUACUUUUUAAGUUUAGACCCAAACCCUUUAAAAUGAUUUGCAAUUUUGUACGCAGCCUUUAACAAGGCAUUUGAGGGUUUAUUUGAUGAUCAUUGUUGUAAAUGAGUCUGGGUAAUCUUGGAUCUUUUCAUUAAGCUACUGUAGCACUAACUACUGAACAGGCCAAUGUGCAAUAUUAAUUGUGAUAGUACAUAUUAGGCCAGGGGCAUUGUAAUCCUAGUUAAUUGUAAUGGGCUCACCCAAAAUGUUUCAGAUGGCUUUAUCUACUGUAUAACUAGAGGGGAAUUUAUAUGCUACAUGUAACUUCAACACGUCAUGCCACACAACUUAAGAACUUGCACUUAGUUUGUGUUGCACCGAAUUGUAUUAGUGGGGUAGUGAGGUGUAUUUUGGUCUAGUUUGUUGUCUCUGCCAUACAGGGACUCUGCCACUGGGGGGAGUAGAUUCAGACUGAACAAAGCACUCCAUAAAGAUUUCAAUUUCUUGAUUGCUUCUCAGUUUUUAGAUAUCGUACCCGGAUAGCUCAAGUCGAAAGGACUUGAAUAUUUUGUGAUAAUUUCACUAUCAAAGUAUUACAUCAUUGUCUAAAUUACCAAGAAAAGGAGUAUUAUUUUCCUCCAACGUCUUGUUACCAAAAACAAGGUCCUAAUGAAAAUUAUCUAUAACUAAGUGAAGGGGCCUGAGAGAAAGCUCAACUUAAAUCUAAUGUAGCAUUUGUAGAUCUUAUAGCUAGUGCCUGUAUUUUUCAAAUGUACUGUAGCUAGAUUGUAACGUGAUGUUGAAAGCAGGUUCCUGGACAUUGUCUUAAUUGUGAUUUGAUAUCAGUCUCUUGCAAAGAAUUUCUAAGCAAAUUAAACUGUCUAUUCCUGUAAUAAACUCUUGGUAUUAUCACUUUUAAAUGUUUUAAUGUGCUAUUUAUUCAUGUUGUUUUGUCACACUAGUAUGGUUUCUUUGGAGUGUUUUAAAAAAAACCAUCAACAUAUGCUUCAAAGUAGAUAUACUCCAGUGUAUUUUGAC